UCCUUUCUCCGUGGGCUUCCGGCGCACGCAGGUCUCUUGCGGCCAACGGGCCAGAGUUCGCGGAGCCGCCGUCGCCGCCUGUCCUGCCGCUGCGCGCGCCAGCCGCCGCCACCAUGGGGAUCCUGGAGAAGAUCUCCGAGAUCGAGAAGGAGAUCGCCCGCACGCAGAAGAACAAGGCUACCGAGUAUCACCUAGGCCUGCUGAAAGCGAAACUCGCCAAGUACCGGGCCCAGCUCCUGGAGCCGUCCAAGUCAGCCUCAUCCAAAGGCGAGGGCUUCGACGUCAUGAAGUCGGGCGAUGCCCGCGUGGCGCUGAUCGGGUUUCCUUCUGUGGGUAAGUCCACCUUCCUGAGUCUGAUGACCUCCACCGCCAGCGAGGCCGCAUCCUAUGAAUUCACAACCCUGACCUGUAUACCCGGGGUCAUUGAGUACAAAGGCGCCAACAUCCAGCUCCUGGAUCUCCCUGGAAUCAUCGAAGGCGCAGCACAAGGGAAAGGCCGCGGCCGGCAGGUGAUCGCCGUGGCACGCACAGCGGACGUGGUCAUCAUGAUGCUGGAUGCUACCAAGGGAGAGGUGCAGAGGUCUCUGCUGGAGAAGGAGCUGGAGUCGGUGGGCAUCCGUCUCAACAAGCACAAGCCCAACAUCUACUUCAAGCCCAAGAAGGGAGGUGGCAUCUCCUUUAACUCGACAGUCACGCUGACCCAGUGCUCCGAGAAGCUGGUGCAGCUGAUUCUGCACGAGUACAAGAUCUUCAACGCCGAGGUGCUCUUCCGCGAAGACUGCUCCCCAGACGAGUUCAUCGAUGUGAUUGUGGGCAACCGGGUUUACAUGCCCUGCUUGUAUGUUUAUAACAAAAUCGACCAGAUCUCGAUGGAAGAAGUGGACCGCCUGGCCCGGAAACCCGACAGUGUGGUCAUCAGCUGCGGCAUGAAGCUGAACCUGGACUACCUGCUGGAAGUGCUGUGGGAGUACCUGGCCCUCACCUGCAUCUACACCAAGAAGAGAGGCCAGGUGGCACUGCCCCCGCCCCACCCCGGUAGAGACCUUGGCCUGAGCCCUUACAGCAGAGAUGCCAAGUCCUGGGGCGGCCGGUGUUGGGGUGCCCUGGCGGGGGAGGCCUGGAGAGGCCGGACUUCACAGACGCCAUCAUCCUCCGGAAAGGGGCCUCCGUGGAGCACGUGUGCCACCGCAUCCACCGAUCACUCGCCAGCCAGUUCAAGUACGCACUGGUGUGGGGCACCAGCACCAAGUACAGCCCGCAGCGGGUGGGCCUGACACACACCAUGGAGCACGAGGAUGUCAUCCAGAUCGUGAAGAAGUAGCACCCCCGCCCUGCACCCCCUGGAGCCCAAACUGGGAAGAUACAAAUACAUCCCAGGAAGGGGGCUCUCAAGUCUCUGCUGUGUCCAGAAGUCUCUUCAGUGGGCAGAUGAUGAAGAGUGUGCUAGGGCACCAGGACGGGCUGGGGGCACGGGCUGGGUUGGCCCCGGCUCCCACGGGCACCGAGGGAUCAAGUUGCCCACCUACCUACGGCCGCGGCCCCGUGCAGAGGGCAUGCUCAGAGCUGGGUCUGCCUGCGCCCCGGGAGGCAGUAGUUACUGUGGGGGUCCCUCAGCUCCGGCCAGCGUCUCUGGUUCUCAGGGAGGGGGCCUCCCAGGACAGAAGCCCCUAACGCCCCUGCCCUGAGUCUGCCCCAUGAUGGAAGCCAGGGGUCCGGGGCCUUAAAGGUCCAGAAGGGCCGCCCUCUCUCAGAGCAGCCCUUGCCUGGCACAAAGCCUGGGACCGAGACCCUGUGCAGACAGCUGGGGUGGGGGCUUUGUGGCCUGGACUCUGGGUUUUCUAAGUCCCCCGCCUCAGCUCCCCUUCCUGAAAUAAAGGAUGAGGACAAUUCCUG